UGCGAUUGCGCCAUUGCAUUCCAGUCUGGGCAACAAAAGUGAAACUCCAUCUCAAAAAACCAAACAAAACAAAAAAAAAAAAAAGAAAGAAAACAGAAUUUUUUAGCAUGUAUCUCCCAAAUAUUGUUCACUGAAAUUCAAAUGUAACCGGGCAUCAAGUUCAAAUUUAACUGUAUUUUAUCUGGCAGCCCUGCUUUAAGGCAUUGUUUGGAGACAAGGCAUGAACAGUUCCUAGAGCAGUGUAUGGCACAUGUAAGCACACAAUAAAGUUUAUUUAGAUAAAAGGGUCACACUCCCUGCCCUCCCUCACAAUAUAUUAGUGUCUCUACUCAUCCGGCUGUAGGAUCUCAAAUGGCCAGCCCUCAGAAAGUCACUCUGUCAUAAAAGGACAGUUUAAAUCUCGCCAUCCCACCACAAUGUAGUGACCCCUUUCCACUAUCACAAAUACCAGAUUUCCCCUGCCUCCCAGCGCUUGGCACAUUCAUGUGGGGAUUUUCAUGUUCUUCAUGUUGCUGCUUUCACUGGACAUAUGGGGGAGGGGAUGGGGGAGUCAAAGGCAUUAUGAUGUUGAAGCUAGUGACACUCUUUCUAGGGGAAAUUGUAGCUGGAGUCUGUCUCUUCUAGAACUAGGGGCAGGUAAUCCUCUGUGUGUGAGCCAGGAGGCAAUGGAGAUUCAGAGGGGAAGCCUAUGAUGUUUGUAUGAUGUUAGUAACAGGUUUUCCCCAUGGGGAGAAUGUACAUUGAGUGGCAUUGGUCCCACUGAGCUCAUGAAGACGUCUGCCAUAGAUGAGAUAAAACUUUCUUCAAUCUGAGAAGUCCAAAGGAAAAAAAAGUUGAAGGGGAGAAUUUAGCUUUUUAAACGUAAGUCUAUUUGACUCUAAAGUUUCUGUUCCAUCUCUCUUAUUCUCCCUUGAUUUAAGUGCCCCCCUCACUUCUCUCAUACUUAAUAGCACCCUGCAUUAAUACUGCAUUUUAAAAUUAUAAUGCACUUUUAUUUCAUUAUCUCACUUUUUCUUUUUUUUUUUUAGACAAAGUCUCACUGUCGCCCAGGCUGGAGUGCAGUGGCGCGAUCUCGGCUCACGGCAACCUCCACCUCCAAGGUUCAAGCGAUUCUCCUGCCUCAGCCUCUCAAAUAGCUGGGAUUACAGGUUCUGUAAUCCAAGAUGUCUAUAAAGAGCUGGGAUAUCACUAGGAAAUCAUCUUCAUACAGACUUAUUCCUGAGUGGAAGAACUUGAAGUUCCUCAUAAAUAAGAUCCUGAAGGACAUAAAGGUGAUGUGUAUGAGAGCUGUGCACAUGGGGGCCCUGGACUAAUUAUUCCUGCCAAGGCAGGCUGUGGCAUGGGCAAGACAUAGGCAACUUAGGAAAGGCCCUUCCACAUCCCCCAAUAACUUCCCCUGCUAAAUUAAGAUGAUCACAUUAGGUAAGUUAGAACAUUUUCUGCUGCAAUAACAGAAAAUGGAUUUAUAUGGAUUAAACAAGUAGGAGGCAUCUUUGUCUUACGUGUUGUCUUUUGCUUUCUUUUCCACCAUUUCUAUUAUGUUAGCUUAUUAUCCUAGGGUUACAAGAUAGUUGUUGCACUUCCAGGUAUCAGCCUCAAACUGCAAGUAGAUAGAAGACAGAAGAGGGAAGGUCAGAGAGCCACAGGGCCAUGCCAGCCUUGGAGUACCAUAGUAGUACUCUAUGUUGCUAGAGUUUCUGGGUCCAUGAUCACCCUAAACCAAAUCAGAAUUUUAUUCGGAUGGAAGGAGGGGGAAGAGAAAGGAGAAGGGUUUGAUGUAGAGUAGGUAGCAGUAAUAUCAGGCAGAUACAUUGCAUUCAUUUAAGAUAUUCUUAGUUUUUUUCCAUAGCAAAGCAUUGAUAUUGUUUAAUGAGUGAAUGAAUUGUUUGUACAUAAAGGCUGGAAAGGAGAAAAGGAAUGAUGAUUAACUAAUGGAAUAAGAGGUAUGUAAAUGAGCUUUCUGAUUAAGAGAGAUGAGGGAUUGGGAGCUCAGACACCAGGGUCCUUUCACUCAACUCUGCUACUGCUACCAAAUCAGCAAUGACAAUGGUGCUCUAAGCUCUUGAGAUCUGAAAAUAAGAAAUACAGAUAGGGCUGGGCAUGGUGGCUCACGCCUGCAAUCCCAGGACUUUGGGAGGCCAAGGCAGGAGGAUCACUUGAGCCCAGGAGUUCAAGAGUAGCCUGGGCAGCAUAGCGAGACCCCAUCUCUACAAAAAUAAAAAAAAAUCCAAGUGUAGUGGUGCGUGACUAUAGUCCCAGCUACUCAAGAGGCUAAGGUGGAAAGAUUGCUUGAGCCCAGCAUUUUGAUGUCACAGUGAGCUAUGAUCACACCAUGGCACUCUAGUCAGGUCAACAGCAACAGAGCAAGACUCUGUCUCUAAAGAAAAAAAAAAAAGAAGAGAGAGAGAAAGAAAAAAAAAAGACAUACAGAAAGAAGAGAGAUUCUAAGUUGUAGAUAGAUAUUGGCCUCAGUAUAGUCUCAAAUCCUUUGUGGAUGCAGGAAGCAGGUAUGAUGGACAUUAUAAGUAAAGUUGUUUUAAUACUUCAGUUGAUUUAGUAUUAUACCUUCCAACUUAGGUAGUCAGAGCACAAAUUCUGAUGCAGAGAAACUUAGAGAGUUAGAUCCACGGGGCAUUGUUCAGGAAGCGGGUAUAGUUCAAGUAGCUACUGAGAAGAGUGACCCCAAAAGUAAACUUCAUGAACUCAGUUUUGGCUGAUCAGCAUGGGGAGUUCAUGUUGAUGAAGAACCAAAGUGAUGUGGUUCUACUGAGUGACUGGCCUGAGACUCUAUACCGGGAGUCUCACCAUCCCCAGAACAAGCCUUUUGUCUGCUUCUACUACUCCAUCAAGGUCAACUGUUUUGUCUCCUUAAACUGGAUGGAACCCUGUGGAAAAAUGCAGGCAGUACUUUGGAUACAGAAAAAGGGUACAGAAAUGAAAGGAACGGUAGAGAAGAUGAGGCUUCGCAUGAUGGAUCAGCUGCUGCCCAUCCAAGCAAUGGUCCACACAGGUUCCUACCACAUGUUAAUUGCUUACUGUGGUGACAUGCGCCUGAGGCUUUUUGGAGAUCACCAUCGAGCGUUCAGAUUUCUGGGUACAGUGCCCUGUCAUUUCUCCACCAGCUGCCUCUUCUAUGAUCCAGAAGCUGAGUUGCUGCUAUCUGGUACCCUGGGGGCUGUGGUUACCUGGUUUAUCUUACCAAAUGGCAGGGGCAUCGAGAUGGCUCAAAUAGUACCUAUGGCUGAUCAUGAGCUUGUACAGGGAUUUUCCCCGAAUGGCCCCCAGGGAUCCCUGUUGGCUCUGUGUGAGGAUACAGUAAGGGUCUUCAUUCACCGGGGUCAGGGUCAGCUGGAAGAAGUGAAGAAGUUCACUCCUGUCGCCAGUGGCUCUUCCAUCACUUGCUCCUUUACUUGUGUCUCUCAGGGCAAUUUCUACGCUGGAAACAGGGCUGGAGAGAUCCACGCUUGGGGUUUAGACCAAGGUAACUUCCUCCACAGCUUUCAAGCCCAUUCCUCAUCAGUGAUAUGUAUCCAUAGCCGGCCAGAGAUCCACACCUUACUAACAGCAGGCAGUGAAGGCAUAGUGAGGGAAUGGAAUCUCACUUAUGGGAACUUGCUGCGGCAGCUAAAUAUUGACGAGGAUCUUCAGAGGCUGCAGUUUAUUGAUAAUACCACUUUUUUCUGCCAGACCACCUACAGUUUUUCAUUGCAUCACCUGCCCUACUUUUAUAGCCUCUUCAAUGUCUGUGGUUCUGCUCCCCAGCAGGUGCAGCGGGUCUGCUGCGGCCAUAACUGGACUCGGAUUCUAUGUGCCACUGAGGAUGGCUUAUUACGCUUCUUGUCUCCAGUAACAGGGGAUCUCCUGGUUAUCACCUGGCCUCUACUUGUUAUGGAUAAGGCUUUGGCUUGGGCCUAUGACUCAGAGAGAGAGGAGCUCUUUGUGGCAAUAGGCAGUUCAGAGGUGCUGGUGUUUGAUGCAACACGCUCUCCUUGUACAGCCAAGUAUCUUGUGUGCACUUCAGCAGACCAUAAGGAUAGAGUAAGAUGCUUGGCCUAUGGGAGGUCCCAUCUGCAAAAAGGCCUAGGAGGAUUGAUGUUCUGUGGGCAUGAGAGUGGUGUUGUGAGAAUCCUUUCCCACUAUAGUUGUGCCCGAAUAGAGAAGACUGUUCACUCUGGGGCAGUAUUGGCAUUGUCUACCCUGGAAGGCCCUCAGGAAAAUGCCUUGCUCUGUUCCUAUGGCACGGAUAACAUCAUACACUUGACAGAGGCCGUGCUUCAGGUGAACAAGGUAGUCCUUCAGCCUGUCGGCAAAAUCCUCUGUGGCUGCCCCCUAAAACGUGUGAUACUCUUGCCAGGUUCUGUGGGUGCCAUCACUGAAAGCUACUGCUGGUGUCUCUGGCACUAUGAAGGCUUUCUGACAUCUUCAGAAUCAAAACAGAGCUUUGUGUGGAGAGAGACAAAAUGCCUGCAUGAGUGUGACAUCACUUCAUUUGAUGUCUGCCUUCCCCUGAAACUUUUUGUCACAGGUGGCAUUGACAGCUCAGUCCGGAUCUGGGACUUCUACGGUAGACUUGUAACCGAGUUCGACUCAGCCCUGCAUUUUGGCCCACUCUGCUUUGCCAAUAAUCGAGGUGACCUGUUGUUGACUUUCAACCAGAGUAUCUACAUAGUAUCUUGCUUAAAGCUGCUCCCUCCAGCUCAGCUGGUUCACCUGCGUAUCCUAAAAAAUGCAGAUGAAAUACAAGAAGUCCCUAAACCCUUCCUUCCUAGCUUCUUCUUUAUGUUUGAAACAGUAUUUGUACCCAGAUUUGUCUACCUUGGAAAAGGGCGGCAGGAAUUACAGGGGCUAGAGACCCUUGUCAACAAACGGUUCAUUGCUUUUGACAAUACUGUGCCUCAUGUUGUAGAAGAAGAGAGAAGCAUGUCCCUUGUGAUUCAAAAGACCAAAUUUCCUCUUUUGGAGGAUAAGGAUAUUGAUUUCUCUACUCUUGAUUCCAAGUAUAAUCAUCCCCGACAUGAGGUUCCUGCUCCGUUGCAGCUGGCUAGCUGGGAUGGAUUCAGUGCCUACCAAAUGCUACAGUGCUUCUUUGGUCAAGGGCAGCAAUGGCCCUUUGCUCCUGAUGGCUACAUCCCCAACUCAGUGAUCCGUGCCCGCCUUUGGCCUGAGGGUACCCCAGUCUUCCUAUGCUGUGAUCUGUAUUCAUCCUACCAAGUUAAGAAUUGGGACUUGUCAUCUAUGACUCUAGUAGAAGAGAAAAUUUCAAGGAGUCAACAAAAGGAUAAAUCCAAGGUGCGAAAAGGAACUUCCCUUGAUAUUCUUGAAAGCAUGGCAAACCAAAAUUGGAUGAGAAGAAAAUAUAGUGAAAGACUUAUGGAUGAUUUAAUAGAGGCCAUCCUCAACCUCACAAUUUACUGCUCUGUAGAGGAAUACCAGAGAUAUUUUAGGGUACUUAAACGUAUUUUUGCCACUUGCCAGAUAUCUUCAGAGUUGGUUUCUAAGACUGCCCAUCGCCUCCUACAAGAUACAACCCAUUCCAAUCCACGUAUCCGUGAGCUAGCCUGGGAGGCACUGGAUAGGCUAGGCCUCAUGAACCAUCAUUUUGCUAUUCCACUGGCUAUGGGAUUGAUGGACAGUGAUGAGAAUGUGCGGGCUAAGGCCUUAUACCUUAUGGUAAGAGUCACAGGCAUCCAAACCAAGACCAGGCUGGUACACCUGCUGAAGAAACAAGAAACUCUCCAGAAAAUGCAGCAAGAAAUUAUCGGAGAAAUCACUCUGGGCCAACUGCUGAAUAUUCAAGCUGAAGAUAUACAGUCCCUGCUUAUUCAUGUGGAGCAGCAGCUAAAUGAAAACUUGACCUUGUUACAAAGAGAAAAGUCAUUUACUUUUUCUUUUGAUAUACCAUGGUCUGAAGAACUUAAGGUCUUUUCUGAAGACAUGUUCAUACCUUUGUCAGAACCUGUAAAGAUCACCAAACCAAAGAAAAGAAAGAGACAUUUUCAAGCAAGGAGCAGAAAGCUUAUUAAAAAGGACCUGAGAGUUGCCAGGAAGCAAAGAAAGACAAAAUUGGAAAAGUCUAGUUCUGUGUUGAUGCCUUCAGAAGAUGCAGGUGAACAAAGAGAGGCCGGGAAAUCAGAGCAAGUUGAAACCCAACAUGUUACCUUAGAGCCAGAGCUACCACUGGGUUCUUUAAGCACAGUCAAAUCCCAGGAUUAUGCUGAAACAGAGGAGGAGGUCAUUUUACAAGCUAUAGAGGCCAUGGAGGCCACAGAAACCCUGGAGGCCACAGACACCAUGGAAGCCAUAGAUCAAGGUAGCAUGAAAGAUUAUGGAGACGUGAUCUCUAAGCUGGAAAGAAAAGAACACAUUAAAAGGCUUUGGAAAAAAGCAAUGAGAAAAGGCAGAAUAGCAGAUGUGCAGUGGAAAGAGAAAAAAGAUUUGAAGGAUAUUUCAGAGGUGACUACAGAAGAACCUAGGGAAGACAUUAUAAAAAUUGAUGAGCAAGAAGAAGGUAAAAGGAAGAAAAGUGAAAAGAAGAAGAGCCGGGGUUUGGCUGGGACUCCUGGACGUGCAGGUAGACCAGACACCAGAUCUUGGAGGGAUGGCAUUUGUUCUCUUGUCACUUCAAGGAUAGCAAGUUCCCAUCCAGGAAUGUUAAGGGAUCUGGGCAAAGAAUUGGUAGGACUGGCUAGGGUGAUACUUGCUGACCAACAGCCCAGCUGGACUCUCUUCCAAGAGAUAUGCCCCCUUUUAAAGGAUUCAAGCUCAGUCUCAUUAGAAUUAGAUGGCAGAGUAUUGGAAGAAACGCCCACCAUAACAAAAAAAGUCAUUAAAGGGCCUGUCAAAGACAAAAGGACAGCAGUAUUGACAGAACGAGAGGAUAAAAAAGUGUUAAAGGAAGAUGAGGAAUUUUCUCAAGAAGAAAAGAAAAAGAAAGCUGUUUUCCCAGCAGAUCGCUUAGUCUUAGAGAAAAGGAAAUUUAAAAGAAAAAUGAGGAAACUAGCCAAGCAAGAAGGGAAAAUAGCUAACGAAGAAAGGAAACUGACAGAGCCAGAGGAAAAAAUGCAGAGAAAGGAGAAACCAACCAAAGAUAAAAAGAAACUGACCCAUUCAGAAGAAAAAAUGGCCCAGGAAGAAGAAACACCUGCUUCCCCACAAAAGGAAUUAAUUAUGGAAGAUCAGAAGUUAGUCCUAGAAGAAAAAAGACUAACUGGAAAAAGGAGACGACUACUAGGGAAAGGAAAGGAAGUGAUCAGGAAAAAGAAGAAGCCAAUCCUGAAAAGGGAAAGGUUGGAAUGGGAAAAGAUGCAGGCCCAGGAGGAAAGCAUGAGGGCCCAGGAAGAGAAAGAGCUGGCUGAGGAAGAGGAGGAACUGGCUGAGGAAGAGGAGGAGCUGGCUGGGGAAGAGGAGGAGCUGGCUGGGGAAGAGGAGAAGCUGGCUAAGGAAGAGGAGGAGGUGGCUGGGGAAGAGGAGGAGCUGGCCUGGGAAGAGAAGGAACUGGUUUGGGAAGAGGAGGAACUGGCUGAAGAAGAGGAGGAAGUGGCUGAGGAAAAGGAAGCACUAAUCCUAGACAUAGAGAAACAAGUUGGAGAAAGGAAGAAACACAUCUGGGAAAAGGAGAAAUAUGUUGAGGAAGAGAAGAAAGAGGCCUGGGAACUGGGGAAACUGGUUCAGGAUCAUUGGUCUAGAGAAGAGGAAGGACUGUCUGGGAAAGAGAGAGAACAGACAUUAGAAACGGAGAGGAUGGCAGAGCAAGAGAGUAAAUUAAUCCAAAAAGAGAAAUGGUUUGGCAAAGAGGUGCUUUAUGGGGAACAGGAAGAACAAGACCAGACAGAGAGGCAGGCUCAAAAAGAGGAGAGCAAACAGUUAGCCUGGGAAAGAAAGAAACUGUACCUAGAAGACAAUGAAAAGUUUGGAGAACUGGAGAAAUUGUCAAAAGAAGAAGAGAAAUUAGCUCAAAAAAUGGAGCAAGAAGCUGAGAAAAGAAAACAAUGGGCCAGAGAAAAAAUAAAACGGGUCUCCGAAAAGGAAAAAAUCACAGAGGAAAUCGAGAAAGGGUCCCCAAAAGAAGAGAAACAGGCCAUAAGAAAAGAGAAAAAAGCUAAGGAAAAGAAGAAACAGAUUGAGAAAGAUGAGAAAGCAAUUGAGGAAGAACAAUGGAUUCAGGAAAAACUAGCCUUACAAAAGGAGAAACUGGCCCACGAAGAGAGAGUAUGGAGUCAGAAAGACAAGAAACGGUCCUGGAAAGAGGAGAAAGAGGUAGAGCCAAAAAAACAACGAGUCUGGAAAAAAGAGAAAUUGUCCCUAGAAGAGAAGGAACAGGCUGGUGAAAUGGAGGAACAAAAGUUCCAGGAAAAAGAGAAAGAGGCUAAGGAAAUAGAGAAAAGGGCAUUGGCAAAGAGACAGGCCCCAAAAGACAGUAAACUGGCCAAGAAAAAGAGUCAUAUUGCUGAGAAAGAAAAGGCAAUGGCCAGGGAAGGAAUUGGCAUAACUGAGAAAAAGGAAAAAAUAACCCAAGAAGAGAAAGAAAUUAUGAAAGAAGAGGGCAAAUUGUCCCAGGAAGACAGGCAACUGGCCUAUGACCUUACAACCAAGGAGAGGGAUGUUGCCAAGAAAAAAAAGAAGACCAAAGAGGAAAGAAAACAGGCAAUGAGAAAACUGGAUAUGGAAAAAGGGCUUGCUUCUGAAGAGAAAGAGGCUUGCUCCAGGGAAGAAAAUAUAAGAAUGAAAGAGAAUCAACUGUUUGGGAUCCUGGCAGGAAUCGUUAGAGAAUUGAUUACAGUUCCUUCAGAAGAAAGAAAAAUAACUGAGGGAGAGACAUCAUCCCUUAUAGAAAAGAGUGAAAUUGAUGGCCGCAGUUGGCAAUUUUUUAAGGAACAGGAGGAAAUAAUUGAAGAAGAGAAGGAACAGGCUCAGAAAGAUAGGAAACUAGAAGAUAGACUGGCCACCAAAGAGAGAAUGGUAACUGAUAAAGAGAGCUCGGAGGAGGACCGAAAGUUAUUAGAGGAGGUCCAGGAAAAUAUACUAUUCAAUAAAAUCCAGGUACAGACUAUGUUAAAGGAGUUUCAGAAGACAAAUUUGUUAGAAAAAAGGCAGAUAGAGGAGCUUCUGAAGAGAGUUGAGGAGCAUAAACUAGAGAAGACUCAGAUGAAGUGGUUAUUAGAUAAUCUCAGAGGUAUACUAUUUGAGGACUUAUAUAAGAGCUUGACGGAGAAGGAAAUAGAGGAAGGUCUAAUUAAGAAGGGGAAAGAGGAGGAGAUUCUGCCCAAGAAAGAGAAAAGGAAACGUCUGAAGAAGAAGAAAACAAGUACAAGUGAAGAGGAAUCGGAGGAUAACUUGGCUAAGAAGCUAAAGGAAAAGGGUUCGACUCAAAAAAGGAAAAUGGAAAAGAGGUUGACUAAGGAGAAAGAGAGGCUGAGUAAGAAAAAAGAGGGCCUACAAGAGGAAGAGAAGAGCCUUAGCAAAGAGGAGUGGGGGCACUGGAAUGAGGAGGAGGAGGAGGAGAGCCUGAGUGAGGAGGAGGAGAGCUUGAGUGAGGAAGAAGACAGCUUGAGUGAAGAAGAGGAGGAAGAGGAAAUGGAGGAAAAAGAGAAGGAGGAGGAGGAAAGACAGAAGGAUGUGGAAAGCCUGAGUGAAGAGAAGGAAAAGGAGAGCAGACUUAUGGAGACAAUGUUCUCAGAAGAGGAGAGAGUAUUGAAAACAAAGUUCUCAAAGGAAGAAGUGAGAUUAUCUAGGCUGGUGACUGAAGGUGAGGAUCUUGCUGAGGAAUGGGAGGGUACAGCUAAAGGAGAAAUGCAUUUUAAGAAAGAGGGCUUGCUUGAUGUAAGGAAAUACUCCAGACUUAUGGACAAGGCUAUGUGGCCAACAGUUCUGAAGAGCCCCUCCAAAAUACCAUUCCAGGUAACCCUGGAGGAAAAAGAGGGAAUUCCCCUGAAAGUGUUAGAGGAUCACUUGGAUUUUGAAGACAGAGAGGGCAGUCAACUUCUUGGAGUACACCCCGUGACAAGUUCAUUGGGAAGAGAAGAGAAUGAACUCUUGGAGAAAGCCAGGGGUAUGUUUUUACAAGCCAUGGAAACAGGCUUAGAGACCCAGGUCCAAGAAGGUCUCCAUAGGCCAGAGUUUCAAUUAUCUGAUACUUUCAUGGAACCACAGAAACCUAAACACAGACCCAAAGGUGAAAGAUGGAAGUGGUUCUUGGGGUAUCAGGAUUCUCUGAUGGGGGAAACUGAGGGUCAGGCUCCAGCUGUAGCCCCAGCCUUUUCACCUGAAAUGCCAGGUAGGAGAUAUCGAAGGCCGGCCUUCUCAGAAGCAAGCUUCUCAGAUGAGGACUGGAUUAACAAUGCCUUAAAAAGGCUGGAAGCAGGAAAGCAACUUUCCAGGGACAGUUUUCAUCGACUGAGUCAGAUCCUCAGAGACUUUACUUCAAAGAGAUACUUGAAAUGGAUGCGUAUGUCCAAUCUUAAGGUCAUUGCUAAACAUCUCAGGCAGAACCUAGAGUUAAGUCACACUGAUAUAUCACAACCUUGCAAGGAGGUUUUGAGUCCAGUGCCCUUAAAAGAGAUCCCUCCAAUUAGAAGAAAAGAAACACAGAAGUGGUUGGGGCCAUCCUCUAUGCCCAAACCAGUAUUACCAUCAGCCAUCAAGAGGACUCAGACCCCACAGGCUCUCAGCUGGCAUCUCUUAGCUGAGUCCUACAGGAAGAAGCAGGCAAAACAGUUAUCCACUGCUCUCAAGGAGAUAAAGCACCUUUGUCCAGUCACAAGGGAUGUUCCUGCAGCUGUUUGUCCCUCUGUGGUUAAGAAAUCUCUAGCCUUGGUAUUUGAGAAGGACUUCCCAGCCUUGAUGAGGAAGGGUGAGAGCUCCAAAUUUCCAACGGCAAAGAAGGAAGCACUGCCCAUCCCUGCUCCAGUGAUACCAUCAACUACCAAGAGGAUUCAAGUCCCCAAAGCUAUAAACUGGCAUCUUUUGGGAGAGCCUCACAGGAGCGCGCGGGUACAACAGUUAUCUGAUGCCCUCAAAGAGAUGGAGAUGCAACAUUUUUAUCCUGCCACAAGAGACGUUUUCACAGGUGCCCAUGCCUCUGUGGACAAACAAACUCUAGCACUAAUGUUCCAGAAGGAUCUUGGGGCUUUUAAGGGUAAGGGCAGGCCACCCAAAUUACCCAAAUUGGAGAAGAAGGCACAACCAAUUUCUAAAAAGAAGGAAGACAUGCCUUUGUGGGAGACGUUUGUGGCACUGUACCAUGUUUUGCAGAUGCUGCAGCAGCGAUAUGCAAAAGACAGUGCCACUUGGAUGGAACAGUUCUAUCAGCUCAUGGACUUGUACCAACUUAAGUCCCCCAGAAUCCAGAGGCUUCUACUAGAGUUACUGCAGAGAGACAAACUUCAACACCAAGAGACCAUCUACAAAAAUGCCCUGAAGACCAAGGAGCUGGCACAUGGUGAGCGCUUGUUCUACCACCUGUUUUGUGGUCAUUCCCGUGACCCUGCGGGUCCCCUCAAGUUCCAGGAUGUGGUACCCCUCCCUGGGCAGAACAAAGUCCAUACUAUCCAAUCUGAGGGCAUUGCCCAGUAUGGCUUCCUAGAACUUGCCUGGAAAAGCCUACCGCAACUCAGUCCUCACCGUAUUGAGAGGCUGCCCAGUAUUCCUACUCUUACUUUGAUUGGGCUUAAUAUUAGGACUUUGGGAUCCUAUGGGAAAAUGAGCCUGGGCCACAGAUUUUAAGCCUCUUUACUUGUUCCCCACUUUGAGGUGGGGCUAGAUGAAGACUCGUCUUCAUUCAGCUCCGGAAACCUGCUACUGUGUACUGAAUAAAGUGACAUUUCUCAGCUGUAACAAAUAUUCUAGCGUCUCUUCUUCCUCAAGCCUAGAAUCCCUUGGAAAGUGGCCAGAGAAAACAGAUGCCCUUUGUCCUAAAGGGGACACUUUUUCGGUCAGUGCAGUAUAUCCUUUAGAGGGCAAGGGCCAGUAUUUGAUCACUUUUUCGUAGAAAAGUCUGCCCUGGCACUUUCUCUUUGGCUACUAUUCCUUUCCUUAGAAGGUCUUAGAGGCAUCUGGCUGGGCACGGUGGCUCAUGCCUAUGUAAUCCCAGCACUUUGGGAGGCCGAGGCAGGCAGAUUACCUGAGGUCAGGAGUUCAAGACCAGCCUGGCCAACAUGGCGAAACCCUGUCUCUACUAAAAAUAUAAAAAUCAGCUGGGCGUCAUGGCGGGCGCCUGUAGUCCCAGCUACUUG